AGGUAGGUCUCGAGGAGGAAGGAAGCCAGAGUCCAGACUCGCUUUGCGUUGUCGCACCAAGGCGGGAACUUCCUUUCUUGAACCUUCGAACACGGGGAUGAGGGCGGAUGAUGUGGUUCAUGGCGGGCAGGAUUGCAGGAACUCCCUUUGUUCGAUACUAGUCGUGGAAAGGCCGAUAAUAUGAAAUGGUUUCUUUGUUUCGUUGAGAAGGUUGGCAGUGGAAAAGAAUAAUGCCGAAGAUAAUUGUUACAGAGUCUACUUGGUUGCUUGAACAAAAGGAUUCGACAAACAGUGGUAGAUUCCUUUGGUACGACAUAAUGGUGAAGGAACUAAGAGAAACGGUUAUGUCUUAGCCUCUAAUUGGAUCUCCACAUGUGCUUUGGACCAUUCCUGCUUGUAAUAAAUGGCGUAUCGAUCAAUGUUUCAAUCCAUCAGUGUGUCUGCGGCUUGGGCCUCCGCAUAUCUAGUUUGAUGCGUUAUGUUGAAAACUUGGCGAGCUUUCGUCUGGUGAUGAACCAUUUCCUAUCAAUCCAUGUUCCCAGGGGUCCUAUAUGAGCAUUGUUUCAGAAAUAACAAGCCUUCUCAAACUUUUAGCUUCUCAACUUAAAGAAAGGGAAAGCUACGAAAGUUACAGGUCUGGAAGUUUAGAUGCCUCAACAACCGAUGAAUUUUCUCUUCAGUGUACUUCCUCGUUAAACAGGUCUUUGAAUUUCACUGGAAGAUCUGAACUGUUGGAUGCUGCACUUUCUAUUUUGUGCUACCAAGCAUCUGAUGUGUACUCCUCAACAAGUAAAUUCUUGGUGGACACCCUUGUUGCCGUUCUGAGAUCAUCAAUUUCCUGCAAGUCUUUAUCUCUACGGCCACAUUAUAGCUUGAACAGUAGGGAACCCACUAUUGAACUUCAGGAUUUGCAGAAUAAUGUGGGUAUAUCCAAACCGAGUGCUGGAGUACGAUGUUCUUACGAAAAGUCAUGCUUGCCUAAAGAAGAGAUUUUACAGAUCGGGUUAUCCAUAUCGGCUGAUGAUUUUAUUAGAAUGGUUGAAGCGUGCCUGGAAAUUCUUCUUAGUCUUGAUCAUCAUGGAGAUUUUUCACAUUUGUUGUUUCAUGCUAUUUUAAAAGUGGCAACAUCAGUUUCAUGUUAUAAGAUUCAAUUUCCAUCAUCAACCUUCAUCUAUGAAAGGUUAAAGAACGAAGGAACUGUUUCAGUUUCAAGCCUGCAACAAAUUCUUAGAAAUUGGAGUCUAAAGGAAAACUACAACACGGAAUGCAGGCAACUAGUUUGGUAUCUGGAUCCAUUGUCUCUGAGAGAAGAAAUUUCAUCAAUCCUGAGGCAUGCUGUGAAAAGACCUUUCCUGUCUUUGAGGAAAGCACUACAUGAAAAAGAAGAAUGGCGUUCUGUAGUGUUGACCUUGGUUUCAUGUCCUGUUAUGUUCAUUGAGACAAGGUCUUUGUUGAAUAACUGGUUUCUUCUCACGGGAUUAAAUUCAGUCUUAUUGCUUCGCAUCCAAUUGGUUUCUUCCUUACUGGACAUGCUUGCAAGGCCGACAUUCUGGGGCUUACCUAUGGACCUGGGGCUCAUGUUGCCAUUUGCUUGGGCUUUCUUCCCUGGGAAACAGAAAAGGAUGGUGGCGUUAUUAGCUGGUCCUGUUUCAUGUAAACAUUUUCAAGAAAUAGUUCAUCUUAUUGGACAUGCUAAUGCCUCAACAUACUUUGAUUCCUCUGGUACUGCUAUCCUUGUGGCAGAUGAUUCAAUGGCAAUGGAUCAUAGUUCAGCUUGGUCUAUGUUACUGGAUUUUCCUAUUUGGUUCCAUUUUGCAGCCAUGUUACUUUUCAGAUUGGAACAAUGUCAAGAUAAACUUGGACCACUAGAAUUUGAUUCAGAGAUGAAUAUAUCUGAGCAAUAUGUCUCUGAAUUACGUUGUUCUGCUGCCAUCUACCUUGGUUGGGUACUCAGCCCAACUAAUUCAACAUGUCGGAAUAUGAUGGUACUGUUAUUGAAGGAAGCAUCGGUUUCAUGGAUGAAACAUCGCAAAUUCAACACCGAUGUGUUGUAUGUCUGUGCAGGUUCCAGACAUCCAAGUUUGGAAAGGAAAUCAGGAGCUGGGGAUUUUGAUAAAGUUUGUAUGGCUUCAGCAAAUAAAAAGAGUAUGAUGUCAAUCAAUUCUUGGCUCAAGGAAUUCCAAACUCUGUGUAUAAAUUGUUAUAAUAGGUCUGGAUUUUCUGGUUUUUCUAGUACCAAUGAAGAAUUGCAUGCAUUUCUUAGGAAGAUACUAUUAGGCAUUUUCACUGGAAAUAUAAGUACUUUGGACUGCAGCGAAUGUGAGGUACUGUUUCAUUACGUUUCUAGUGGCCAAAUCCUUGCUGCAGAGGAAGUGAUUGCAGGUGACAAAAUUGUGGUGGGGAGGCUAGAAGACCAUGAACAUAUUCAAAGAAAAUGCUCUUGGGAGAAAAUUAAAGUGAGGCAUGUUAACUGGAUUCAAAUUACUGUUUUCAUGUUUGAUUUAUUUGACAUUCUUGAAGACAUGAUUCCUGAACUAUUGGAGUACGAAAAUGGAGUCAAAUAUAUUUCUCAGGCCAAGGCAAAGUCUGUCAGAUACUUGACGAAUUGUAUCAGCAAGAUAUUGCAGGCCAAUGAUCUGCAUGAAGUUGAAAUGCUUAUUGACCUCAAAGAUCGAUUCUUGGGGUGGAUGCAACAAGGAAGUGAGUUGUUUGAUGGGUAUGAUGAAUGCAAUGAACUAGCUCUGAUCUUGGACUGCAAAAUAUCUUCUAUGCAGCAAGUAUAGUAUAAGAUGAGUAAAUACAUAUUUAUCUUCUCUCCAAUCCAUAAAUUUUGUCCAAUUCAUGCCAGUGGAUUUUGAAACAACAUGAAGAAGGGUGGUUAUGUCAAGCAGGCAUCGAGUGGUUUUUUGGACCAUUUGAUGCCAAGUCUUCUUGUUUUGGUUAGCCUUUUGGUUUCAGUGUAACCACUGUUGUACAUAGCUCAGCAAUUAUCUGGAGAAAGAAAAACAAGCACGUACCUGCUUGGCUAGUCUGGAAACAAAAAGUCAGGUGUUAGUUCCUUUUAUUGCGUCGCACAAAGGGUCCACUUACUGGCAUGGAAGGAUUACAUAUACUUUUGUUAUGUGCAGGGGGAGUAGUCCUUGAUCUCAGUUUCAGUACAAGCCUAGAAGGCUGGCUAAAUGAUUGAUGGUUCUAUGUUGUCCACAUGUGUUCGGACUGAAUCAGUAUAUGGUUAUUGGUGUUGUACGCCUUCAUAAGUUCAUUGUUGUUAUCAUUUGGAGUGGGACUGCUGCAGCUUGGGUUGGUCAAAGAUGAUUUAUGUUGACUGCUUCUAGCAAGUUCUGUUCCGAAGACUCCAAACUUGCUUUACAUGUUAUUGAACUUGUAUUUGGGCAAAUGAUCACAGCCAACCUGCUCCGUUUGUAUGUUGAGUUGGAGACAGUGACAAGGGAGGUUAUCCGCUCCAUUUAGUCAUGCAUUUAGGAGUUUGUUGAAGUCCACUUCUGCAGAAGAUGAUUACAAGAAGACAUGCUACUACAGCAGUUCAUCUAGUUUGGGGUCACAGACGAUUGUGGCUUCUCAGGGUUGUGCUUGAAACGGGGAUGGGCACCUCUAGGCUCGGUGCCGAAGCAAAUGCGAAACGUACCAAUCUGUGAGGGAUGUAGACGAUUUUUUACACAAGAAAUAGAUGAAUGAAAGUAUAAAUGCACAUUUCUUUUGAUGCUUGAGGAAACUGGUGGAUUCCAUCAUCAUCAAAGGAAUGCAAACUAACCGUGCUACCACAUUUUCUUCUUGAGUUUCACAAAUCUUGGAACUUACGGAUAUCAACUCGGAUUUCUUGUCGCCAGCACAAAUCCAGAACCUUGUUCGGAUGUGGCCACUGAGGUUUGGGAA